GUUCUUUUAUAAGAACCUAAACAUAGAUGGGCAAUCUAUGAAAAGCUUUAGAGGCAAAAAAGAGAGAUUGUCCAAGCUAUGAAGGCUAGGUUGAAUUCAUCCACCUCUGGGUCUGAAGUUCAAGAAGAAAAAAGUGAUGGCUCCAUCCAUGAAGAGGCUAAAAGGGGUGGAACAAGAGGACAAUUCUGUGAAGAAAGCACUUCAAAGUCAUCUUCACCAAACCUCAAGAGCUCAGGCACUAGGAAAGAGCAUGAUGAACUUGAAUCAGCAAAAGCUGAGAUGACAGAAGUGAGACAAGAAAAUGCAAGAUUAAAGAUGAUGUUGGAGCAAAUAGAGAAGGAUUACCAAUCCCUUCAAACGUGCUUCAUCGACACAAUUCAACACGAAUCCAAGAAGAAGAAUGACAAUCUCUCUCUUACUCAUGAAGAUGAUAUUGAAGAACCAGACCUUGUAUCUCUUCGCCUUGGAAGAAGCCCAAGUGAGCCGAAAAGAGACAGUAACACUAACACUAACACUAACACCAGCAGCUCCAGCAAGACAAGAGAAGAUCAUGAACAGUUGAAUGAAGAUCUUAAACUUGGACUGGAUUAUAACUUUCAAGGGUCUAAUUCUAAAUCAGAUUGUGUUGAUCACACGUCGGACCAGAGCAAAGAUAAUAGCUUGGAAGAAAUAGUUAACAAGGAAGAGCAAGCAGGGGAGACAUGGCCACCGAGUAAAGUUCUGAAGACGAUGAGAAGUGGAGAUGAUGAACUUUCACAACAAUCAAGUUUGAAGAGAGCUAGGGUUUCUGUGCGAGCUAGAUGUGACACUCCAACUAUGAAUGAUGGAUGCCAGUGGAGGAAAUACGGGCAGAAAAUUGCAAAAGGAAAUCCAUGCCCACGAGCAUACUAUCGAUGCACGGUUGCACCAUCAUGCCCAGUUAGAAAACAGGUGCAACGAUGCGCUGAUGACAUGUCGAUCUUGAUCACAACCUACGAGGGAACCCACAACCACCCACUUCCGAUUUCAGCCACCGCCAUGGCCUCCACCACUUCUGCCGCUGCUUCCAUGUUAAUGUCGGGUUCUUCAACCUCUCAACUACAACAACCAGGUCUAAACUUCAAUCUCUCUGACAAUUCAAUUUCAAGAACAAGACAAUUCUACUUACCCAACUCAUCCUCACAGCCUUUCCCAACAAUCACUUUAGAUCUCACUUCAACUUCAACUCCAUCCACUCAUUUCAACACGUUCUCUUCAAGCUUUCCCUCAGCCCCAAGAUUUUCCUCCACAGGUCUCAGCUUCUCUUCCUCUGAAUCCAACAUUUUACCAACUGUUUGGGGCAAUGGGUAUCCCAAUUAUGGUACACUGCCCUACAAUAAUAAGACCAAUAUUGGGUUUUAUCAACCUUCUUACACAGAUCAAAAGAACAACCAACAAGGUCCUUCUGAUCAACAGUUUUUAACAGAGACUUUGACCAAGGCAAUCACAUCUGACCCGAGUUUCCGAUCGGCGAUCGCUGCUGCGAUUUCAUCUAUAAAUGGAAAGGGUGAGACCAUUCAGGCCGUUAAUUCUAAUCCUCUGAACCCAAAUGGGAAAGCUUGCUCGUCAAGUUACUUGAACCGAUCUUUGAAUUCACAAGUUGGAAAUUUAAUGCUUCAACAACAACAACAACCUCCAUUGCCAUUUUCUUUAUCUAAGAACACUUCUGUAUCCGCGGCUGAUAGUAGGGAUCAGAUCAAUUGAUGGGUUUUUGAUAUAUUGACAGUUGAGUGUAUACUUUUUUUUUUUUUUUUUCUUCUAUUUUUAAGAUUUAAAUGUUAUACAUGGAGUUCUAUGAAUAUCAGAUGUGUUGACAAAGCCAUGAAAGCAGGAAAAGGCAACUCAUCUUGGAUGAGGGACACUGUCCCAUGCUGUCAUUGCUUUGUAUUCACAUUCAAUCUAUGCUAUAGAAAUGUAAAUUAUCUAGCAACCAAUGAAGUUUCUGCUUAAAUAAAUGUGAUAUGUUUCUGUA